UUAGUUCUCACCUUCUUGCAUAGUACGGCCCUCCCCAUGCCCACUGGACAGUGCAUGAGGAGUCUUGCGUGCGCGUCGCCUGACAACACUUGCAUCUAGGCCGAUGUCAGUGAGAUGGCUUUCGACCUCGGACACACCAAUGCCGCUCCCGCGCUGAACAGUCAAACAAACACUCGGAAGUGCACGUGGCUCUCGUGUCACCCCUCGGUAAGCAUACGCCCACCCACCUGUCUUGGAGUGGGAACGUGGUUUCUUGAUUUGGUAAGGGCGUUCUCCACUCUCUUUUGCUGGAUCUUGGAAUGGACCUCCUUGAGCAGCUGCUGGGUGUGACGCCAGUCCUCCUCGUCCAGCUGAGAAUGGGUGCGGGCGUAUGAAUGGGGUAUUGCUGUAAGUUUGCAUACCACGUCAUCUGCUCCACUCUGGAUUAGCAGGGCCUCCUCCUUUUCGAGCUCCGUCAGACGGGCCUCAAUAUCAGGAUCGAUGAAAUCUGUGGUACAGAGGGGCACACGAAGGGCCAGGUAUGCUCAUGCACCACACAUCUGUACUGUGUGUGUGUGUUUUACCUGCAACGUUCUUUCCCUCGAAUAUCUCCGGGACGAGGUCAUACUUCCAGCUGUCGUCUUGCAGCAUGUAUUGCUCUGAAGUCACCCGAGACGCGCCAUGCGUGUGGAGUUUGGCUUUCUGCCUCUCUCCUUCUUCUGUCUGCACAGCUCACUUUUGAGGUCCACCGAGUACACUCCCGGCCCUCCCUGCUCCUCUUGCAGAUCUUUCUCCGUGCGCCGCUUGGGCAUCUCCAUACCCAUCUGCACAUGUGCAAACGAGCUUGUGACGCAUCGAUCAUGCCUACAAUUAAGUGACCUGUUUCAUCUGUCGCUGCUGCUGCACUGAAUCCGGAAUGCACGGCGGGCGAUCUGGAAGCAUUCAGACAGGCAUUGCCAGAUAUCUACACAAUGCCUCAAUCGUCUACUGUACCAGCUCGUGGCUCCACAGCAGUGACGUGCAGGCGAUUCAAAACACUGUCCACCUGAGUGUCAUACAGACCGACAAGGCAAGAGGCAUUCAUGUCUUUACCGAUGGUUGAGGCACUGGCAGUGCUUGCCUUUUUGGACUCCACCUUGCCCUGCACGCGACGUGUUAGCAGCAGCUCGCAUGCCUGGACAGCACAGACACGAAAGAACAAGACACAACAGUGUGUUGGCGGGCACGUCCGUUUGGGUGCCUUACCUUGUUCUUCGCGUUGUCCACCCCUUGUGCUGUCAGACAAGAAGUGGGCAGGAACUCGACACCACCACCUGUACACAGCACACGUGACAGAAACAAUUUUCCUCGCUUCGUGGGCAUCCGCAUCAAGUGUGAUGCAGACCUUCUUUCAUCGACUCGAUCAGUGCUCUCUCGUCUGGUUCGAGUGCAUCGGGGGGCCGCACGUCCAUCUUGUUGAGGAUGACCAGCAGGGGUUUGUUUCUGAAGAGAGGCUUGAGCGAGUGAAACAGGGCGACUUGCGCGUCCAGCCGGAAGCCACACUGCUCCGACAGAUCCACGAAAUACAACACAGUGGCCUGAAGCAGAAGCAGACACGAUCGCAUGUCGUAGCUGUUGAAUGAAUGUGUGUACAUGCUCACCUGUAUGUUAGCGAGCGCCGUGAUGGCAGUCAUUUCUAUCGUGUUCCUUUCUUCCAACGGAUGAUCCAGAAUGCCAGGAGUGUCGAUCACCUGAAAAUACCGAGACGCACAAUACAGGGCGAAAGGACAACCUCACCCAUGGAUAUCCGUACCUGCCAUCGGGUGUAGUGGUAGUCGAAGUGCCCGACGUAGAGCGACUUGGUGGUGAAGGCAUAGGGCUGCACCUCAACAUUGGCAUUCGUCACUUGGUUCAUGAAGGACGACUUGCCGACAUUAGGAAACCCUGUCAGAAUCAGAGUGCGGGUCGUCCUGGAAAAACGGGCGAGAGAAUUGAAAUGACAGACGUCGGCAUGUGCACACACAUGUGCUCAUUUCUUACGGAUUGAUGGAUGGCAAUCUGGCCAGAUGUUGCCUGACCUCCUCCAGAUAGGCCAGACUGGCGUGCAGCUUCUUCACUGCCGUGCACAUUCGGCCCAGCGCGGCCCUCUUGAGCAUCUUGCAUUUGUAAGGGCUGUCGGCGUACUUCAGCAGGCGCACGUAGUCCUUGGCGACGUUGUCGAUGAUUGCUCGCACGGCAUGCACCUGCCCGAGACCCACCUUGUAGUGAUCACGGUCAUACAAAACGUUGCAGAGGUCCGCGUAGAACGGGUGAAGGUCCUGUCGACACACACGCGCCCACGGGAGAAGGAUGCUCGUGGGGUCUACACAUCUGUCUGAGUGCACGCAGCAGCUCACAUCGAGUUUUGGGAACUCCUGGAGUAUUGACGAGAGCCUGUCGUGGAAGGCCUGCUGACAGAACUUGACCUUCCGCAUGUAGAAGGAUCUGAUGCGGCUGAUCUUGAACUGGGGAUGCACUUGGGUGGGCGUCUUCCGCUGCGUCUUCGACAAGACGAUGUCUACGAAAUCCUUGGCUGUCGGAACGACAGUGAUCUCCUGCAACAAACACACAGCAACAUGUGGAACAAACGCAGGAGAUCACUGUUGUCGACAUCGGAAGGAUCUCCAACCAACCCCUUACCUUGAACUUGUAGGACUGGGCCAU